AUGUAUAAGCAAGCCAUCUUAACCUCCGCCCUCUCUCUUCUCUCUUCCGCUCUUGCUCUCCCCCUUGAGCCCCGAGACACUCCCGAAUUCAUAAUUACCAGCCUUGGCGCUACCUUUCCGUAUCCGGGAGUCUACGGGGUUGACUCCGUUAACUCCUUUGUAAAUGUCGCCGUAACUUUCCCGGACGCCUCGUCAACCACCGGCGCCACCCUCAACACCACCUGCAGAGUUGAUUGGCCUGCUGGCACUAACCCAGGUCCGACAGAAUGGACUGCGUGCGCCAAUCCGGCGUUGCAAUUCCGUCUGCCAGUCGAUGGAUGGACCGGCAAUACAAACUUCCGCGUCGAAUUAUUUGAGGAACUCACCUCUGAUGGCGCCGGUUUAUAUGCCACACACAUCAUCACAUCCAACCCUGGGAACUCAAGCGAUCCAAAUGCGUACAUGUUCUGUCUCCAGAUGGGCAAAUUCAACCCCUUAACUUGCACCUUAACUGGACCGUGGGGCCAGUCGGCAAGGACUUUAGUCAUGCCUGCCACCAAUGAGAACAUAAGACCGAACUAG